GAUUUUGAGAAUGGCGCCCGUGGUGAAGGGGAGCGUGAGCGGCGUCUUGCCGGAGCGCCGGGUUUUUGCCGUGCAAUACCCGGGCUAUCCGAGCUCGAUUGACCGCGCUGUGGAAACGCUGGGCGGCGAGGCUGGAAUCGCCAAGGUCCGGGCAUCGGAUGCUGGCUAUCUAGAGCUCAAAUUUAGGCCGGAAGAUCCUUAUUCGCACCCUGCAUUUGGUGAGCCACACCGGACUUCGGAUCUUUUGCUUCGAAUUUCCGCGCCGAAGCAAGGAGAUGAGAGGAACUCAGCAGAUUCGCGGGAGCUUGAUGCCGAGAUAAUUGCUCAUGUGGAAGAUUCUUACGUCUUUGAUGGGAUGGCGGACUAUCAAUAUGUUCUUGCGGUGCAUUCGAAUGGUUCCAGCGAGAAGAAAUCCAAGCAGACUAAACAGCGCUUUGACAAAGGAAGCUUGAUGGACAUGGAAGAGGAGGACCUCAUGAUUCUUGUUCCUCCACUAUUCUCGAUAAAGGACAUGCCAGAGGAGACUUUGCUACGCCCAUCAGAUCGCUCGAAAGCGAAGCCAGUCGAAAAUCCGAUGGAUUUUACACCUUGCUUUGGUCUCGACUUCAAAGCAAAAGAUGUUCCCAAGGCAGUGAACUGGGAGGUCAAGCUAGUGAAGGAUUCAGAAGAAUGGUCUUUACACAAGGCCAUGGUGAAAUGUUUUGAAGAGCGACCAAUAUGGGUGAAAACAACACUCGUCCAGAAAUUGCACGAUCAAGGUUUGGAGCCGACACCUUCAAUGCUAAAACGGCUCUUGUUUAGACUUGCAUACAAUUUUCUUUAUGGUCCGUUUAGAACACUGUGGAUAAAAAACGGCUACGAUCCACGAAAAGAUCCAGCAUCACGGAAGUACCAAAUGCUGGACUUUAGAGUGCCGAGGUUGCUGAGGUACUCUGUACAGCAAGCUCCUAGACGAGAGGCGGAGAAUACUUUUUGGAGAGACGAGUGUGCAUUUAAGGUGGUCCCGCAAAAGAAAUUCUCUUUUUUCCAACUCUACGAUUUGCAAGACGAUUUCAUCAAGUCUCAGAUCGAGAAGCCGCCAGAACGCAAUACUUGUAGUGAAUCUACUGGAUGGUUUCGACGGGGCACGUUGGAAAGGAUGCGGCAGCACGUACGUCUACGUUUCCUCGCCUUGAUACCGGGGGAUGCUGCUAGAGCUCUAGAGGAAACAGAAACUAAGAAUUUUGAAAGGUUUAAGAACAAGGCUGGAUGGAGGGGCGGAAACAGGGGGGCUCUCAGACAUAUUGACAAAAGCAUUGACACAAUGGACGACCCUGGUUUGUUUCCAGAGCCAUUGUUCGCAGAAGGUGACAUAGCAGAAACUCCUCAUGGCUCGGAGACAACCAACGCAGGAAAGCAGCCGGAAGUGCUGACUGGGGACGAUGACGAGGACGACGAAGAGGAAGAAGAAGACGACGAAGCGAGGGCGGAUGAGGAAGACGAAGAAGAUGAAGAGUCUGAAGAGGAUGAAGACAAUCUACAAAACAAGAGCAAACCACAAACCUUUCCAAGUGAGGUUCCAACACAUCCGUCGCAUGACAUCCCGAAGAACUACUUGCAAGCUCUGCUUGAGAAAUUCCCCCAGGGCCAGAAGGCGGGCGAGACAGACGAGGACACCGAGUACACCAUCUACGAGCAAGAAGAAGACGACGAAGGGACGUUCUGAUGAGCCACAGGUCCACAUACAAGAGUUCUGCUAUUGUGACGUCCUUAACUUUUGCCUGCAAAACAGUCAGAAGGCUCGACCAGCUAACACACUUUUUUUAUUCAGAGUCCCACUUUGGAAAACGUAACGAUCAAAGUUUUGGGAAGAUUUAAAAUGGAGCACAGCACCGGUUCUCCAAAUCCAGAAAUUGGAUCCUGAGGAGAAGUUGUUGCAGAGACAAUGGAUGGCGUUUGCAAAGACUCGCAAGAGCCGAGUUGCAAACUGGGAGAGCAUGGAUUGAGACUAAUGAUAGAUCCAAACUGAUGAUUUUCUCAAGAAGAGCGUAGAAACAAUCAGUAACGUAAUUAGCUAGUAUAGCACACUUGCCUUUGUACCAGGGUGACCACUUUUUCCACCUCUUUAAGUUCUUGAGAAAUGUUUGAGGUUUUAAUUUGAGUU